CCUGGAGGCUGUCGGGAAGUAGGCGGGGUGACGUGGGGUUGACGAGCUCAGCGGCGGGUAUACCGAUAUCUGUGAUCGGCAGCAGCUGGUGCAAGGGGAGGCUGAGAGCGAGAGGUGGAGCGGGGCGGCGUGCGGUCUGGGCCAUGACGGGCAAUGCUGGGGAAUGGUGCCUUAUGGAGAGCGACCCCGGGGUCUUCACCGAGCUCAUUAAAGGAUUCGGUUGCCGAGGAGCCCAAGUAGAAGAAAUAUGGAGUUUGGAGCCUGAAAAUUUUGAAAAACUAAAGCCAGUUCAUGGGUUAAUUUUUCUUUUCAAGUGGCAGCCAGGAGAAGAACCAGCAGGCUCUGUGGUUCAGGACUCCAGACUUGACACGAUAUUUUUUGCCAAGCAGGUAAUUAAUAAUGCUUGUGCUACUCAAGCCAUAGUAAGUGUGUUAUUAAACUGUACCCAUCAAGAUGUCCAUUUAGGAGAGACAUUAUCAGAAUUUAAGGAAUUUUCACAAAGUUUUGAUGCAGCUAUGAAAGGUUUGGCGUUGAGCAAUUCAGAUGUGAUUCGACAAGUUCACAACAGUUUUGCCAGACAGCAAAUGUUUGAAUUUGAUGCAAAAACGUCAGCAAAAGAAGAAGAUGCUUUUCACUUUGUCAGUUAUGUUCCUGUUAAUGGGAGGCUAUAUGAAUUAGAUGGAUUAAGAGAAGGACCAAUAGAUUUAGGGGCAUGCAAUCAAGAUGACUGGAUCAGCGCAGUGAGGCCAGUUAUAGAAAAAAGAAUACAAAAAUACAGUGAAGGGGAAAUUCGAUUUAACUUAAUGGCCAUUGUGUCUGACAGAAAAAUGAUAUAUGAACAGAAGAUAGCAGAGUUACAAAGACAACUUGCAGAGGAACCCAUGGAUACAGAUCAGGGUAAUAAUAUGUUAAGUGCUAUUCAGUCAGAAGUUGCCAAAAAUCAGAUGCUUAUUGAAGAAGAAGUACAAAAAUUAAAAAGAUAUAAGAUUGAAAAUAUCAGAAGGAAGCAUAAUUACCUGCCUUUCAUUAUGGAAUUGUUAAAGACCUUAGCUGAACAUCAGCAGUUAAUACCACUAGUAGAAAAGGCAAAAGAAAAACAGAAUGCAAAGAAAGCUCAGGAAACCAAAUGA